AUGGCGUCGUACCGGCCGCCGCAUCCUCCUCCGCCGUCUCACAAUCCUUUACCCCCUCCGCCUCCUCCGCCGUCGUUACCCCCUCCGGUUCCGCCUCCACCGCCCUCGCAUCAACCCUACUCUUAUCCUCCGCCGCCGCAUGCUUACUAUCAGCACUAUCCUCCUCAAUUCAACCAGCCUCCGCAUCCUCCUCCCACUUCUCCUCCCCCUCCUCCUCCUCCUCCCCCCUCAGCUCCUCCUCCUCCUCUCGUUCCCGAUCCCCCCCGUGACAAAGGCUCCUCCAAGCAACAGAUUUCAAGGCCGGCAUCGAAGCACCACCACAGGCCUCAUGUUAAAAACUCCGGUGGCAAAACCGAGACCGAAGAAGAGAGGAGGCUUAGGAAGAAGAGGGAGCUAGAGAAACACAGACAAGAAGAGAAGCUUAGACAUCAGCUGAAGAAUUCUCACAAGUCUCAGAUGCCCAAGGGACACACCGAGGAGAGGAAGCCUACGCCCCUUCUCACCACCGACAGGGUCGAGAAUAGGCUAAAGAAACCAACCACCUUCAUCUGCAAGCUCAAGUUCCGGAAUGAACUUCCUGACCCAACUGCACAGCUCAAGCUUAUGACCAUCAAGCGAGAUAAAGAUCAAUUUACAAAGUAUACUAUCUCAUCGCUGGAGAAACUAUGGAAACCAACAAUCUUUGUCGAGCCUGAUCUUGGAAUACCCUUGGAUCUGCUUGACCUAAGUGUAUACAACCCACCCAAAGUGAAGAUACCUCUUGCCCCUGAAGAUGAAGAACUGUUGCGUGAUGAUGAUGCUGUUACUCCUAUUAAGAAAGAUGGCAUCCGGAGAAAAGAAAGGCCAACUGAUAAAGGUGUUUCCUGGCUCGUGAAAACACAAUACAUUUCUUCCAUUAAUAAUGAAUCGGCAAGACAGUCUCUAACCGAGAAACAAGCAAAGGAAUUGCGCGAGAUGAAAGGAGGUAUCAACAUCUUGCAAAAUCUUAACAAUAGAGAGAGAAAAAUCAAGGAUAUUGAAGCAUCAUUCGAGGCAUGCAAAUCUCGACCAGUUCAUGCCACCAAUAAAACCUUGCAGCCAGUUGAAGUUUUACCACUGUUGCCAUACUUUGAUAGGUACGAAGACCAGUUUGUAGUAGCGAACUUCGAUAGUGCUCCUACAGCAGAUUCUGAAUUCUUUGGCAAGUUGAACCCUUCAAUUCGGGAUGAAUAUGAGUCACGGGCCAUUUUGAAAAGCUAUGUGGUUUCUGGAUCAGAUACUGCCAACCCAGAAAAAUUUCUGGCAUACAUGGUUCCUUCCUUGGAUGAGUUGUCUAAGGAUAUGCAUGAUGAAAACGAGGAUAUCUCUUACACUUGGGUUCGCGAAUACCACUGGGAUAUAGAAAUAAAUAUGUUACCUGAUGUUAUAACAGAUACCACCUGUACGUGGCCAUGA